AUGAUUCAUCGACCUUUGACCGCUGAUUGGCAGGUUCGGCAGCUGCUCCAGAGGAACCCUGACAGCCACGUCAUCGCCACGUGUCGCAAUCCUGCAGCAGCAGCGGCGCUACAGGAGCUCCAGAGUAGCAGCGGGGAUCGGAUGACCGUUCUUCCCCUGGACGUUACUGAUGAGGCAACCAUCGAGGUGGGUGAUGGACGAGGCGUGUAUCGAGGUGCGUGGGAUGCGAGGUGCAGUUUAGAGCCGACUCAAAAGUCAAGUGAGGAUCGGCUGACCGUUCUCUCCCUGGAUGAGGCCUCUAUCGAGGUGGGUGAUGGAGAGGCGUGUGUUGAGUUGGUGAGAGCCAUGAUGGCAUGCACGCUUGCAUGGGAUGGCGUGCAUGGGAUGGGAUGGCGUGCAUGGGGAUGGCAUGCAUGGGAUGGCGUGCAUGGGAUGGCAUGCAUGGGAUGCGUGUUUUCAUGGGAUGGGAUGGCAUGCAUGGGAUGGCUUGCAUGGGAUGGCAUGCAUGGGAUGGCAUGCAUGGGAUGGCAUGCAUGGGAGGGCAUGCAUGGGAUAGCGUGCAUGGGAUGGCAUGCAUGGGAUGGCAUGCAUGGGAUGGCGUGCAUGGGAUGGCAUGCAUGGGAUGGCAUGCAUGGGAUGGGAUGCAUGGGAUGGCAUGCAUGGGAUGGCAUGCAUGGGAUGGCAUGCAUGGGAUGCGCGUUUGCAUGGGAUGGCGCAGGGGCGUCACAACAGGAAGCUGCACGGCAUGUGUCAGCCACUUGGGGGCACCUCAACCUCCUCAUCAACGCAUCAGGCCUCCUCCACAUGCCGGGCGCCAUGAGACCAGGUGCCUGCGGGCCAUGCACGCUUUCAACCCUUCCCCUAUGCACCCGUUGUCCCCAAUCCGCCCACCCUCUCCGCUUCCAUGUGCAUGCAGAGACAUCUAUGAAAGCACUCACGCCACAGGCCUUGCUCACCAGCUUCCAGGUCAACGCAAUGGGACCGGCGCUGGUCAUCAAGCAUCCGUCCAUGCACAUCUUCCCCGAACCUUCUCCCAUGGCCACCCUUUGUCCCCAUUCUCUCCACUGUCUCCCUGCUCUGCUGAUUGCACCAGACGAUGGCACAGCUGCUUGUCUAGGCGCCUAA